CUUGACUUAUAUGCGUAAUUGCGUAAAAACUGGAUCGAGAAUGGAGAAUUUAGUCUCCAAAGUGAGGUCUGUGACAAAAAAGAUACAAAAGAAGAAAAAAAAAGAGGACAGAGAGGGUGGAACGGAUCGUCGCCAGAGGAAGAAGGACCACGUCCCUGUCUUUUCCGGGAGAAGAAGGUCGCCGAACCACCAUCUAACAGGCCAUUCCCACCGCUCUCCGUCGUCUCCUGCAGUCGGAAGAGGAAGUCGCCGCUCCAACGACGAAGACGAUACGUAUGUGUUCUUCGCCCGACAGGCAGCUAUGGAUCAUCAGCUUGGAACGUCACAUGCGUACUACUCUUUGAAGAGGCUCGGGUUGCAGAUUGAGAGCGAGGAUGCCCUUUCACCCAUGACACAAUUACAUCCUAACAACGGUCUUUUGACAGACUCUGAUUGCACGAUCAAUUACAUUAACAAGAUACUACUCGAGGACAUUGAUGAGAAUACUGAUGACUUGUUAAUAUGUGAUCCUAUUGCACUAAGAGCUACUGAGAAUUACUUCUAUGAAGCCUUAGGUGAGAACCCCUCCUUUGAUAACAAAGUCAAAGGCCGAGAAGACACCUUAGUUGGGAGCUCCACUUGUGAUGCUGAUCCAGGAGAGUCUAUGUCAUGUGGCACAAGUGAUCCUCCUCAUCUCUCCAUGCACUCUUCUUCACCACCACAAGCUAACUUAGAUGGGUUAAAUAGUUCUUUACAUAGAUUUGGCGGUAGAGCUAAUGUGGUUCCAAAUUUAUUUUUUGAUGAUCAGAUUACGGCCAUUUCGCAAUUCGAAAGAGGCGUGGAGGAAUCUAGAAGAUUCUUUCGUGCCAUUAACCCGAUGGUUAUCCAUCUUGAUGAUAAAUACAUAAUGCAUCCAAAUAUGACUGAUGAAUUGAUCAGUGGUAGUACUGUGAGUAUAGAGAAGGGGGGUCAUUUAGUUGGUUCUUGUAAGGGAAGGAAGCACGACCGUCCAGGUGAGGGGGAGGAGGAAAGGAGCUGGAAGGAAAGUGCAGCUUAUGGGGAGGAAGUCGAGUUAUCAGAGGUGUUUGAUAAGGUUUUGUUGUGUGCUGAUGAUAAUGAUGAUUACCCCCCAUCUCGAGCCCGCAAACGAAAACCGAAAGGAAAAAAUGGUCAAUAUAGAUGUUCGAAAAAGGAUGGAGAUGUUUCUAAAAAAGUGAAUGUGGUGUCUCUUUUGCUCACUUGCGCAAAUAAUGUUGGUGAUGCUGAUUACAACACUGCUGUAAAACAACUAAAGGAGAUCAGGCAGUACUCUUCGCCUGAUGGGGAUGCAAACCAAAGGUUAGCACAUGCAUUUGCUGACGGUCUUGAGGCACGGAUGGCUGGAACUUGGACUCAAAUUUAUCCUUUAUCAUCAUUUCGCAAUGAAUUCAUAGUUUCUGAAUUGCAAAAAUCCCACAUGUCAUCCUCUUUGCCAUUUAUGAGGAUAAUUAUCUUCUUUGCGAACAAAAUGAUUUACGAAGUGGCAUCAAGAGGAAAAUCAUUGCACAUUAUAGAUCUUGGCAUUCUUUAUGGUAUCCAAUGGCCCACUCUUAUUCGGGAUCUUUCGCAAAGACCCGGUGGCCCUCCAAAACUUCGCAUAACAGGGAUUGAACAUCCCCAACCUGGUUUUCACUCCUCGCAAAUGGUAGUAGAGACUGGUUGUCGCUUGGCUAAAUAUUGUGAGAGUUUUGGUGUACCAUUUGAAUACAAUGCCAUAACAGCGACGAAUUGGGAGACAAUUAAGAUUGGUGACUUGAAGCUCGAGAGGGGUGAGGUUGUUGUUGUUAAUUGUAUUGAUCGAUUCAAACUUUUAUUAGAUGAGACAGUAUGUGGUGAGGACAAUCCCAGAGAUGAUGUUUUAAAGUUAAUUCGGGACGUAAACCCUCAAAUUUUUGUACAUUCUGUGAUGAGUUCAUCUCACACCUCUCCUUUCUUUAUCAAUCGAUUUCGAGAGGCCCUCCAUUUUGGCUCUGCUAUCUUUGAUAUGUUUGCAACUAUUUUUCCACACCAUGACAGUCAUAGGUUGAAUUUUGAACAAACAUUGAUGAGGCCUACAAUAGCAAAUGUUAUAGCAUGUGAGGGAAGGGAAAGGUUCGACAGGCCUGAAACAUACAAGUUAUGGCAACUUCGCACUAUGAGGGCUGGAUUCAAGCCCCUACCUCUCAACUCUCAACUUGUGAAGAAGUUAAGAGCCCAGGCUAGGGAAACAUGUCACAAAGAUAUUUUGUUUGAUGAAGAUGGCCCUUGGUUGCUGCAGGGGUGGAAAGGUCGGAUUAUAUUAGCCACGUCUGCGUGGAUACCAAAGCAAUGAACUUUGCACCCCAAGAAGCCUGAAAAACACCCACAUCUCAUCCUAUCAUUUUCAGAAAUUGAGGAAUUAUAUAUCACGUCUUCCUAUUUCUUGAUUGUUCCCUUAUUAAUUAGCACUUUUAAUUUUCUUUUUUCUUUGGUGAGAUUUCUUGAUAGAAAUUGGGAUCUUAUAGCUUUUUUAUAAAGUAGUCUUUGUGGUACCUCAUAACUAUAUAUCAUUUCAUAACUAUAUGACUUCUUUCUACAUGUGUGUUGCGCGGUUAGAUAAAU